CUUGAACCUAAAUAGAAAUGUCUGAAUUAAUAUUAACAUUAUUAAAAUAAGUAUAGGAAUACUUUGGUGUAUAAGAGAAUGAUGGUGUUUAGGAGAGAGCUUAGCUAAUAAUACUAGUAUUACGUAAUGUGUAUAAAUUUCAUCGGAUAUAAAUAAAGCCGCCUCUUAGAGUCUUGACCGAAGGUUCUAUUGAACAUUGUGAGAAAAUAGGAAUCACCUAAGCUUGCUUCAAGAAUCCUUUAUCUUAUAAGGUGUUUCUAUGGAAAGGUGGAAUCUAAUAACACAAUUAUGUUAAAGGAAGGAAAAGGGGGUAUUGAUAUGUUAUGAUGCUUUGUCAGCAGAUACGAUUAUGUAACAUGUGUAUAUUAUCUCUGGUGGUAUCUGCUUGCUGGGGGCGCUUACCAUUGCUACAACUAAAAGGAUGGUAUAAUGUGAGGAAAAUCAGGAAGAUAUUGGCUGGUAUGCCGCGCGUUCUUGAAUACCAAGCCAGAACAAUGACGCUGGGGAUGACUACAUUAGGCGGCGAGAGCAAAGCAGCUGAUUCAUAUUUUGCGUGUAAUGAGCAUUGAAGGUGUAUUGUUGUGGACUAGCAACAAUAAAGUGGUCUAGAACUAUCCAAUCACUGUACCAUCCACCCGCAUAAUGUUACCUGUACAAAGGGACUGUUUGCGUGGAGGUUUGAGGCUGUGCACAUCUAAUGAUGCUGCACGACGAAUCCUGCCUUAACUUCGCUUGGUGCACUUUAGGAAAAGAGGUAAUUGGAUAGAAUUGUAGAUUCAAUAUAGAGAGGAUGCCCCCAUGUAGCAAUACACACCCCCGUAUUUUCCCUAUGUAAUAUGUAUGAAGGUUGAGACGGGUUGAGAAACAAGAAGGCCCGAUGAUUUCCCAUGCCAAUUAUAUCUAACUUUCCAAGAUUGGCUUAGAAAAUUGUGGCAGUGUGGCGAUUCGUUCGGGGUCCUUUUAAGUACCCCAUGUGCCCAAAAUAGCUGAGGAUGGUACAUUAUGUAGAUACUUGACAAGGUAAUGGAAGCGCGAGUGUUCUAGGCAGGCGUAGAUUGAGAUAAAAUCUCCAGGGCUAUUCCUACUGCAUAGCAUAUUAUAUG